AUGGAAUUCACCACGAAAUUAAACUUGCACUUUCCCCAUCUCAGAAAAAGCAAUUCCUCAAAUAAAAAGAUGUCUAAUUUAAUAAAUCAAUUGCAAACAGAAUUAAGCAACCGACACGCUACUUUCGUUUCACAAGCAGUUCUUUCUUUUAAUAAACAUCACGAUCGCGUCCUUCAAUCCUAUAUCAUAGAAGGGCAGGCCAAGGAAUCAAUUCUUCAGCAUUAUCAGGACAAUCAAUUGAAACUUCAAAAUAUACAGAAAUUGUACCAAGACGCCUCAAAGACACUUUUUUUACUACUAUCCGAGUACGAGCAGGUUUCUACAGAAAUACACGGACUCGAUAUUGAAGAAGAAAAACUUUCACAAGAAAACUGCACCCUCCUUGAUCUUGAGGAACGCGUCAAUCGCUUUCAAGUUUCAGUAAAGAACCAUUCUAAAGCCUUUCAAGAGAAGCUCAAGCGUUCUAUGGAAAAACUCAAAUCCUCAGAAAAUUCCGCUCAGAAAACACUGCUCGAAAACCUCUAA